GCCCUGGUGGUGACUAUCUCGCUGGUGAGGCCGCCGCCAUAAAAGCCCGGUCACGGCGGCGCAGAGCAUCAGUUGGUGAGUGGAACCAGUCCCACAGUGAACGCUCCUCUGCUAACAUGAAGCUGUUCAUCGUUGCCGCUGUGCUGGCUGUGGCUGCGGCCGACAAGCCUGCCCCCGCGCCCUACCGCCCGGCCCCGGCUCCGUACAAGCCGGCUCCUGCCCCAUACAAGCCUGCUCCGGCUCCGUACCACCCGGCCCCGGCCUACAAGCCGGCCCCCUACCACCCGGAGCCCCAGUACAAGGAAGAGGCCAAGCCGUACGCCUUCGAUUACGCUGUCAACGACCACUACACGGGCGCUGAAUUCGCCCGCAACGAGAACAGCGACGGCAAGCAGACCACCGGCUACUACAAGGUGGCUCUGCCCGACGGCCGUAUCCAGACUGUCACGUACACCGCCGACCACUACGGUGGAUACAACGCCGAGGUCACCUACGAGGGAGAGGCCCAGUACCCCGAGUACAAGCCCGAGUACAAGCCUGCCCCGUACAAGCCCGCCCCUGCCCCCUACCGUCCCGCCCCGGCCCCCUACAAGCCUGCCCCCACUUACAAGCCCGCCCCCACCUACAAGCCCGCCCCCACCUACAAGCCUGCCCCCACCUACAAGCCUGCUCCCACUUAUGAGCCCGCCCCCACUUACAAGCCUACCCCUGCUUACAACUAAGGCUAAUUCCCUUCAGGUGCCCGAGUAAUUAUGUGAUAUUUAUGCGUGUUUCUUGUUGAUUAUGUGACUACCAUCGUGAACAAUACAUAUUUGUUCGAUUUAUCA